CUUGCUAAUAGCGCUAUCUUCACUUGCGGAGGACGGAUCCCGAUUGUGACAAGCCCGCAUACGACUGAGACUGGCAACCUCACACCAAAGACUGAUGCCAACGUACAAGCACAGAGAGUUAUGACCAGGCCAGUCACCAUACGAUGGGGUGGCGACGGGCUCGAACGACUUCUCAGACUGCCAGUGCAGAACUUUUCCGACCAACACGCACUUGGAGCUCUACUUGCCGCAUGCGCGCCUGUCACAUUCGGCCGUGGCGGCGAGGAUGCCUUUGACGAGUCCUACCGAAAGGCAGGAGCGCUGCCUACGAGCGAUUUCAUGGCCGACUUCUGUCCUUACGAGACGGGCAUCGUGGACGCUGUCGUUCAGCUCCUUCUUCCAACCAUCACCAACAGCUCUUCUCCAGGCAACAAGCACGCGCUGAAACGAGGUCUGCGGGCAGAACACUACCAACUCAAUGUUUAUAGUGGACCAAGUGGGCUAUUCAAGGCGCAAGUCGACACGCCUCGAAGCGAAACACAGGUCGGGAGUCUGGUAGUCUGCCUGCCUGUAGCCUUCAGAGGUGGAGAGCUUGCUGUUCGUCAUCAAGGGCAUGAGAUUUUGCACGAUUGGUCCUCAAACGCUGCCGACACACAAAACUCAAUCCAAUGGGCAGCGUUCUACAGCGACUGCGAGCAUGAAGUCUUGGAAGUCACGCACGGUCAUCGCGUCACACUCACCUACAACCUCUUCCUUGCGUCGGGUACUGGACUUCUUGGCGAGAAACCACUCAAUCUAGAGCCAAAGCGGCUGCCACUCUUCCGUCAGCUGCAGAACACCCUGCGAAGCCCAGACUUCAUGCCUAUUGGCGGCUACAUCGGGAUUCAUCUCACACAUAGCUACCCACACACGAACGAGAAGCUCUAUGGACUAGUGCCCAAAAUGCUCAACGGCGUCGACAUGGCAGUAUACCAAUCAUGGAUCACCUCCAACCUGUCGUUUGUCCUAGUCCCCGUCUCUACCACACUUAAUCAGCACGCCUGUACAGUUUUUCUCCCGAUUUCUUACGAUAACAAAUUCCUCCCUACUGACAUUCAAUUUCGCCUUCACUCUCCACGCCAUCCGGCAAAUCUUCGUCCAAAUAUCUUCGGUUCCACUCUCAUUGCCAAUCGCAAACUCAGGAUCUCGUAG